AUGAGAGGACGAGGACGUGAAUCUUCGUCAUGGGGUCGAGGAGACCGUGGCAGGGGUAGUGUCCACACAAGUGAAUCAGAAAAUGUCAAUCAAGAUUUGGUACAAGACACUGCUUUGAUUCCUAGACCACCCCAGAGUGAGAGAUCCACACAGGGUGCUGCAUCAUCCACUCCUGCUUCAGUGCACACAUCUGCUACUGCCUCAGCUCCCAUAGGUUUGCCACCUAUUGCAUCUAUUCCUACAUCUGCAUCUACUUCUGGUAGUUGUGGAUCUACAGGACACAUACCAUAUAUUUCCUUGCCUUCUGAUCCGAUUGCUAGGCAGAUUACCUUGAUCUUCAAGGAAAAGUUAGUAGCAGAUGGCUUUUGUUGGAAAAAUGUACCAGAAGAGGUUAAAGAAUUCUAUUGGCAAGAAUUUAAGAAACACUUCUUAUGGGAAGAGGCAAUAGAGCAGCUUAUGAAGAUAGCUUGGAGGAAGAAAGCUGCCGAGCAGUAUCGUAGCCUUAUGUGUAGCGUAAGGAAUGGGAAGGAGAAGAGGCUAUCACUAACAGAAGGAGUAAUGGAUGCAUGGCAAUCCGCUUGGGGAGCAACUGAGUAUAAAGAGAAAUGCAAAAAAUUCUCAAAUAACAGAAAGAGUGAAACAGGUGGGCAAGGCGCUGGCCCAUCAAGACAUUAUGGAGGAUCCAUAUCUCAGUAUAGGCAUCAACAACAGAUGCGCGAAAGACUAGGCAGAGAUCCUCUACCUCAUGAGUUAUUUGAGGUUAUUCAUAAGAAGAAGGGUACCUUAGAGUUUGUUGAUGCACGCUCAAAGGCCAUUCAUCAAGCAUCACAGACAGAUAAUGACAGUAGUCAGGCAUCCCGCAUUGAUGAGGCUCAGUUAUACUUUGAGGCAGUAGGUGGAGAGAAAAAAAGAAGGGUGUACGGUCUUGGAUCACAGGCUUCAGUUUUCUUCCCAAACAAGACUUCUGCUAGUACAUCCUUCACAUCAGCUCAGUAA